AUGAUGGAGGUACAGCAGCAACACUCACCGGUCGGGGUGGGUCCACUGGACUUUUCUCGCAGAGGGGUUGCUGAGGCGUCGGCUUUUCGCGUUGUCAAGCCGAAACAACCUUCUGCUCUUGUUCAACAACAAUCUUUGGUACCAGAGACUAAUAAUAAUAAUGAAAAUUUGCAAGAAAAUCCCCAGAUACCUUCUAACGUUGAAGGAGGAUGCAACAUCCGCCUAAUGUUCCCCAGAGUAUGGGGUCCAUUUGGGAACUCUAAUGACAUUACCAAUCUACCGCCUUUUCAAAAGAACUACUCAGAUCGAUUAUCGUUUGGAGUUGGUCGACUUGUGGGGUCACCUGCGACGAGAAGUCCAUCUCCAUCGCGUUCCCCUAGUCCAGACUCUCUUCAUACGGAAAACAGGGACGCUGAUGUGGACGUCAAUGUUGAAGAUGAAGAAGUGGACGUGGAUGUGGAGGAAGUUGGUGACGAAGAUGAAAGAGAAGGAACUAGUAGUCCUACGAGAUCACCCUCACCACCCUCCCCGGCUUCAAUCCCACGAAUCACGUUAUCAUCUCAUCCCCCGAAAAGAACGGGCGUGAACUUCAGCGUGAGCGCUCUGUUGAGGCCAGAUCCUCCGUCGGCUCAUCUCCAAAACUCUUCACCGCCUCGUGAAACGGGUCCAAACGGAUCCUUAGGCGCAACCCAGCAGCAUCCUCCAGCAGCAUCGUCCAUCUUGUAUCCGCCAUUGCACCUUCAAGGUGGCCUCCUUCCUCCUCAUCAUCACCACCCACUCUCGUACCUGCACCCACAAUUGUUGCCACACCACCUUCUCCCUCCUCACCUUCAUCCACUCCUUCGGGGAGUUCAUCCCGGUCAUCCAGGUCUGCAUUCUGCACAUGCUGCUCAUGGACUUCACCACCCGCAUCCCCUUGGCGAUGUCUACAGCUGUGUCAAAUGUGACAAGAUGUUCAGCACCCCUCACGGCCUUGAAGUUCACGCCAGGAGAUCGCACAAUGGAAAGAGGCCAUUUGCUUGUGAGCUCUGUAACAAGACUUUUGGGCACGAGAUAAGUUUGACGCAGCACAGAGCAGUUCACUCGGCGGAAAAAGUUUUCGAGUGCAAACAAUGUGGAAAGGCGUUUAAAAGAUCGAGCACUCUCAGCACUCACCUUCUCAUCCAUUCGGACACGAGGCCAUAUCCAUGCCAGUUUUGCGGCAAACGUUUUCAUCAAAAGAGUGACAUGAAGAAACACACCUACAUACACACAGGAGAGAAGCCACAUAAGUGUCAAGUUUGCGGCAAAGCGUUUUCGCAGAGCAGCAACCUGAUAACGCAUUCUCGAAAGCACACAGGCUUCAAACCGUUCGCCUGCGAGCUUUGUGGAAGGGCCUUUCAACGUAAGGUUGAUCUCAGGAGACAUCGUGAAACUCAGCAUGCCGAUUUGGGAGCGUCACAUCGGCCCACGAUCGGCUCAGUUCCUCAAAACAAUCUGCCCAAUGGGAAUCCCCCAAUUUUGCAGUAA